GCUAGCCCAAUGUGCUUCAGUAAGUUGUGCGAGUGAAAUAUGGGAAUGGACCCACAGGACUAAAGGGAGCGACAUACGUUGAAAUUUUUCCAUUGAGCAUCCUGGGGAAACUGCAAGCAUCAUGUUGUCAGCUGAAGAGAAGAGGAUAUCCACUGGACAUAUUUACCUCAAACCCGACACCGUCUAUCUUAAAAAUCCAACAGUGCACCAUAACCUAGCCAAACAUACAUCAGUUAUCAAUGCGUCACAUAUUGGAGACAGGCACAUUGUUGAGACAAAGAAUAUACUUACGGAACAGCUGAAAGGUAUACGUAAUCAGCUGGUCAGAAGCCUCAUUCGAGUCCGAGAACUGGAAGACCAACUUCGGAGCAUACCCGCACUUAAGAAAAGAGUUGUUGAUUUGACUUCACAGGUGGCUAAGCAGAAAUCCUUCUCCGACUAUCUAUUACGCCUGUUAUCCAUGUCACCACAAAACGAUAAGCACGGACACGAGACAGUUACGUCAUUUUUAUCAUCUAGCAUGGAUAGUCGCUUCAUUUCUGUUGAAGGAAACAAUCCCGUUAACGCUAAUACAGUAGCACGUUCCAGUGAGACUAGCUUUAUCGAUCUGUCGCUUGGUAUUUCGUGUACCGGGAUCACGACGAAUUGUUACGGUCAAGUAAUCGGCCACAACUGCGCCUUACGGGUAGCAACUGAGUUAAAAAACUUCGUCGAGCGGAACGAUAAACUUCACCAUAGAUGGUUUGACGAUAACCGGUUAGGCGAAUUUAUCCAGUGUUGUCGUGAUGCCGACUGGCAGCACAUUUUGCAGAUGCUUCAGAUAAUUGGUCCUACACCUUCACCGUUGCCAGCCCCACCAUCGGCUGUGGAACUGGAGUCUUCAUUAGUCACCAAGUGCCUCAAUGCCUCGGUAAGUAGCAUGGAGCCAUGUAUACCUCACAUUGGGCAAGUAAUUGGUGAAACUUACACCGGUUCGUGUCCGAAGGAUCUUGCUGCAUGUGUACAUCAAGAUUUGGAAAGCUGUGAGCUUUCGUGGGACUCACAGGAGGAUAGCUUUGUGAUCGAUAGACAUCUCUCACUGCCACUGCUUGGAGUGGGUAGUCACGCUUGCCUAUUGUACCACGAUUCACAUGUGCCAGAUGACAUCUCGUACCGAAUGUUCAUGGCUUCGGGGAUAUGUGAAAGUAGCAAGGAAACGGUAAGUAUCAUUUGCGUUUCUGUACUGCACGCUUCGCAUUCCAUUUUGUUGGAAGGUGGAAAAAGUCGCAAGCCAUGCGUCACAUUGGGGAACAAAUGUGUUUCAUUUAGACCCGGAAAGUCAGUGAUGAUACAUUCCAUUCCGACAUUGAAAGGGGGGAUCCCCGAACUCAAGCUUGGAUCAGAGUGUCAUGCUGAAAUAAUUAGUGUAAGGAGAGGCGGCAGUUUAGUCAAGCAGCCGUCAAUCCUAUGUGAUUUCGAAAUGUCUCGAAGCGUCACCAAUUUAUCCGAUACGAACGCUAAAUCAUUGGUUUAUUCGGUGAUUGAGACAACAGACGAACUGGUGGUUUCAGAAACCAAGGAAGUAUCCAUUCCACAUUCGUCCACACUUGUACAGAAUGCGGUCCGAUCCGGCAUUACGUCAACACUUGGUGCAAUCCAGCAUGCGGCGGACAUGAAAAGCACGUUAGCUGCACCCAACAACACUUCCGUACAGUGUGUUUUGAAAUCAAAUGCACACCCAACUGAUUUGCGACCUAAAACACAGAUACCAGCUCCGGGAUCAUUAACGAUAAGGCUAACAAAAGCUCCGGUGUCACCCGCAGCAGCAGCAACUGGCGAACCACGUAUCGGACAAGUCCAGACUGUAAUUUCCAACGAAUCCAUGGGAGGUACUGUUUUGUCUUCUUGCAAAGUUGCCAAAAGAACGGAUACAGUGUAUGAUCGCAAGACACCAGAGUCGAGAGUGGAAACUAAGGAAUCUUCUAAGUCGGCAGACCGGACUGAAACAGAUCGAUUCUUGACAGGGAAACUCACAUUUCCUACGAAUGUAUCAAAAGAGCAGAUUCAAACUGAGCAAAAGGAAAAUGCCAAAAAGGACCGCUAUCGGGCCAGUGCAUGCGGACAUAAUAUUAAAUUUAUCGCAUCCUGUGGAAUGCUCCGGCCACGUUCGACACCACAAGUCAAGGUUGCACAGUCCACUGAUUUGAGCACAGUCGGAGUUGCAGCGAAAACCGAUGGCGAUGGCGUUAUACUAUCACAUACCAAGAUGUCAUCAUGGAAGUUCGUCAAAUUGUCGAAGAAUAAGCGCCGUACUCCAGAAACUUCGGAAUGUGAUGCAAGGAUGACUGAGCCAGGAAAGUUAGCUGCAAAAGAAGAAACCGUAGAUCGUGAAGAAUCAGGCAACCCAAAACACGAAAACGAUGCUAAACAACAGCAGAUAGAGGAGAGCCCCCCAAGCAAAGCAGUCACUGGCUUGGUUUCUGUUGCGUUUUUGGCUGCUUGCCAAACCCUCGCUGUGUGGCUGGAAGAUUCCACAACGGUCAUUUCAAAGGCCAUGAAUGAAGCAACGGACACUGUUCGGCGAAUAUGGUUCGAAGUCACCUCAGGACCUGCAGCAGAAGCCAGCCGAUUAGUGGCUCACAUUGAGGCACUACAAUGUUUACCCGCUUGCCCUGUCGACCGAAUCGUGAAUAUGGUCGAUCACACAGGAAACACGGCUCUCCACUACGCGGUGUGUCAUGGGCGUUGGUUGGUCGUGGAUGCACUCAUUGCCAACUGUCCGGGCAUCAAUGUGGACACGUUCAACCGAGCAGGAUACACGCCAUCUAUGUUGGCAGCGGUAGUACUGGAUCAGGUGAGUUGA